AUGGUGAUAUCAACAUUUUACGUCAACUUAUAUUACCAGAUAACAUCAGGUGAAUAUAUUCAAAUGUCUGGUCGUGCUGGUCGUCGUGGUAAAGACGAUAGUGGUACUGUAAUUCUAAUGGUUGAUGAAAGUAUGACUAGUGAACUAGCUCAUCAAAUUAUGAUGGGUCCACCACCCCCACUGAAUUCAGCUUUUCAUAUCACUUAUAAUAUGCUGUUAAAUUUAUUGCGUGUUGAAGAAAUUAAUCCGGAAUACAUGAUGGAGAGAAGCUUUUGCCAAUUCCAAAAUUUUGCCAGUCUUCCUAAUAUGUAUAAAGAAUUGAAUGAAUUACGUGCCACUUAUGCAUCAACUGUUGUUGAUGAUGAAGAAUCCGUCGAAUCAUAUCAUCAAAUUCAAUUAUGCUUCGAUGAACUAGUUGGACAGCAGUGGCAGUAUAUAAGACGUCCACAGUACAUAGUACCUUUUCUUCAACCAGGUCGUCUUGUUAAAAUUGUUGUUCAAUCCAUCUCAUACGGAUGGGGAGCUGUGAUCAAUCUGAAAAAACGUCAGCGUAAAGACAGGUCAUCUACACCUGAAUCAUUUUAUAUACUUGAUUGUUUAUUAUGCACCAAUCCAUCUAGAUCGAAUUCAGAAGAAUCUGGUUUUGAUUUACCUAGUGGGAAUCCAGUAGAUAACUCGGAAAUUUCAAAUUCAGUUACUGCUACUGGUAGUGAUACAUCACCGAUGGCUGAGAUUAUUCCUGUACGACUAGAUUGUGUUGUUGGUAUUAGUGCUGUACGUUUAGUUGUUCCAAAUGAUCUUCGUUCAAAAGAGGCUAGACAAGGUGUUUUAAAUGCAAUAGAAAAAGUGAAAAUACGUAUGGGUGGUAGUUUGCCAGUUUUAGAUCCUAUUGCAGAUAUGCACAUUAAUGAUCCACGAUUCCUGGAAGUAAAUGAGAAAGUUACUGCUUUUCAAGAGAGACUACAGCAUCAUUGGCUUCAUGAUGACCCACGUCUUUCAGAACUUUCGAAAGUUUAUAGAAAGAAAGAGCAACUUCGCAAACGUAUCGAUGCUCUUACAGCUAAUCUGAAUAGUAAAGUUUCUUUAAUUCAAUUGGAAGAACUAUCGGCUCGUAAACGUGUAUUAAGACGAUUAAAUUUCGUUUCUGAAUAUGACGUAAUUGAGUUAAAAGGUUGUGUAGCCUGUGAAAUCACCUCGGCAGAUGAGUUAUUAUUAACAGAACUUUUAUUUGAUGGGGUAUUCAAUAGACUGUCGUCUGAGCAUAUUGCAGCAUUACUUUCUUGCUUUGUAUUUGAGGAAAGAGCUUCGGAAAUGCCCAAAUUAACUAAGGAAUUAUCUGAUGCUCUGCGUACAUUACAAGAUACAGCCAGACGUAUUGCACGUAUUAGUAACGAAUGUCGUCUCCCAGUUGAUGAAGAUAAUUACGUGGAUUCAUUUAAACCUCAUUUAAUGGAUCUUGUUGAUGCAUGGACAAGAGGAGCAUCCUUUGCUAGCGUUUGUUCUAUGACAGACUUGUUUGAAGGCACAAUUAUUCGUACAUUGAGAUUACUUGAAGAGUUAUUACGACAAAUGGCUAAUGCAGCUAGAACAAUUGGUAGCAAUGUUUUGGAAAAGAAAUUUGUUGAGGCUAUCGAAAAAAUCAAACGGGAUAUUGUUUUUGCAGCUAGUCUUUAUCUUUGA